AUAAGAAAUGGAAGGAAUGAGAUCCUAAUGGUCGAUGUUCUUCGCCCAGAUCAGUUCAUAUAUAUUAUCUCAAAAGUCUUCCCCCCCGGAAACUUUUCAUCAAUGGCUUCUCCACGCAAACUCAUCUCCCCGAUCUCUCUCCCCCUCCUGCUUCUCGUCCUUUUCUCUGAAACCCAUCCAUCUUUCUCCCUCAGAAACCCAAAACACAAUCCCAACCGUCUGUCUUCUCCCCUCCAAUCCGUCACAGACGUCCAUGACCUCCUCCCCCAGUACGGCCUCCCAAAGGGUCUCCUCCCAAACAACGUCAAGUCCUACACUCUCUCCGAUGAUGGUAGUUUCAGCAUCGAGCUCACAAGCCCUUGUUAUGUUCAGUUUGACCAGUUGGUUUACUAUAACAAGAAAGUCAAUGGAAAGUUGAGCUAUGGGUCUGUGUCCAGUGUGUCUGGGAUUCAAGCCAAAAAAUUGUUUCUUUGGGUCUCGGUCACUGGGAUCCAGGCUGAUAAGGAUUCGGAUUCGAUUGAAUUCUACGUCGGUGCUUUGUCGGAGAAGCUUCCGGCAAAACAGUUUGAGGAUGUUCCGGUUUGUAAGAGCAAGGCAUGCACUACAGGCGCACACCCGGAGUCUAUAUGAGGCGAAGAAAAUCUUUACAUGCUUAUGCACCACCCAUUCAGUUUGAAGCUCUCCAAGGUCAGCAAUACGAUGGGGCAACUGAAGCACAUAUGUAUAUGUUCAUAUAGGUAUUAUUUGAGAUGUUGGAUGAACUGUGUACUUGUUUCCAUAAAUACUGAGGCAUUGAUCUAGAAAUAGAUCUCCUCUUCUCCUCUAAGAUCCAUGAUAAAAAAUUUAUAAGUUUCAUUUAUAUAUUCCAAUGUUAAAGCCGUGUUAUUUUAUAUA